UAACAAAACAUAUUAAUACAACAGCCGGAUAAAUAAUAAUUAACCAAAAAUAAAAGCACCACCACCUCACAACUCACACGGUCGCACCGCACCCCGUAAAACCUCCCACAUCACCACCCUUUUCCACCCCCCCUAAAACCAACCUGCAAUUCCGCACAAUUGCACGGCUUCUUUCUCUCUCUUUCUCUCACAUCGGAUCUGUAAUUCUCCCAAAUAAUCGUUGAUUUUCUACAAUUUUGUCCGUCGAUCUCGUUUUCUCUCUCCUCCUUUGAUCCCAUCGAAUAACUUAGCAAUUGCGGAGGAACAACCAUCGCAAGACGGCGGUGUGUGAAGAGGGUGAAGAGGAGAGAUAGAUUAAGGGUAGGAGAGAGAAAGAGAACCAUUACACAUUUUCGUUCUCUUUCUCUCUCUUCGUGGGCAUUCCUCCUGUUCUCUCGGAAAUGCUCUUACCAUGAGCAAAAACGAAGAGGAGGAGGAAGAAGAAGAAGCAAAAUCCCCCAAAUUAGUUGAAGAAGUAGAAGAAGAAAGGUUUUACGAGUCGCUUGAUCGGAUCCUCUCUUCGUCAAAUUCGUCAACAUCGAAUUCUGAAGACGAUAAUGAUACCAUUUUAUCGCCUCGCCGACACAGGACCCACCACCACCACCACCACCACCAUUGUCAUGGGGGAAAGUCUAGUAGUAACUCUUCUGGGCUUCCGAAAUUCCCAGUGUCGGCUCAAAACUACGACGUAUGGGUCUCUUCUGAGUCGUUUUCUCUUUCUUCCCUUGAGCAGCGGCGUGAUCGUCUCCUCCGUGCUCUCGGGUUAUCGUCUGACCCAUCGUUGUCUCGCCGUAAGACGGCUACGGUCCGAUCUGUGUCGUUUGAUCAUCAUUUGGUUGGGUGUUCUGCUGAGCAGCCUGCAAAAUUGCCAGAGGAUGAUGAUAACUCAAGGGUUAUAAACCGGUCGAAAUCGGAUCAGUGUAAUUCUUCUCCUACUCCUACUACUUCUACUUGUUCUUCGUCUUCCAUUCUUUCAAUUCGUUCUGUUUCUGAUACUGUAUAUAGAGAUAGUAAAAGCAACAAUAAUAAGUACAAUGUGGAUGAUGGUAAUCAUAAUGCUACUAAUAUUAAUAAUGAUAACGGGGUUGUUGAUAAUUUGGUGAGUGAUGGGUGUGUUGGGUCGGUUUCAGUUUCGGGUUUGGGUGGUUUUAAUAAGAUGCCAGCGGAGAGGAUUGGUAGCCGGCAAGGGAUCAGUGAGAUAGAGGGGGAAUGUGGUGAUUUGAAGGGCGGAAAAAGUGGAAUUGAGGAGAUUGAGAGAGAAAAGGUGUGUACAAUUAAGAACCUUGAUACUGGAAAAGAAUUUGUGGUGAAGGGGGCCAGAGAAGAUGGGGUGUGGAACAAGGUUAAGGAGGUUGGAACUGGUAGGCACUUGACUAUGGAGGAGUUCGAGAUGUCUGUUGGGCAUUCACCCAUUGUUCAGGAAUUAAUGAGACGGCAAAAUGUGGAGGAUCAGCUUAACAAUAACAAGGAUAGUGGUGAGUCUAAUGGGAAUGGUGACAAUGGAUCCAAGUCGAAGAAGAAGGUUAGUUGGUUUAGAAGUAUCAAGAAUGUGGCUAGUAGUGUUACCGGGUACAAGGAGAGACGUAGCAGCGAUGAGAGGGAUACCUCGUCAGAGAAAGGUGGUCGCAGGUCCAGCUCUGCUACUGAUGAUAGUCAGGAUACUUCAUUCCACGGGCCAGAGAGGAUUCGGGUUCGGCAGUAUGGGAAAUCGGUUAAGGAUCUUACGGCACUGUACAAGAGCCAGGAAAUUCAGGCCCAUAAUGGUUCUAUUUGGACAAUUAAGUUUAGCUUAGAUGGAAGGUUCCUAGCAAGUGCUGGCGAGGAUUGCGUAAUACAUGUUUGGCAAGUGGUGGAAUCGGAGAGGAAAGGUGAGCUUUUGGUGGAUAGACCCGAUGAUGCAAGUUUGAGUCUUCUUGUCUUGACAAAUGGAUCACCUGAACCAAAUUUAGUUUCCCAAAGCUUGGAUAGUUUGUUGGAGAAAAAGAGGAGGGGUAGGCCAUCUAUCAGCCGGAAAUCUGUGAGCUUGGACCAUAUCAAGGUUCCAGAGACUGUUUUUGGGCUGUCAGAGAAACCAAUCUGUUCAUUUCAGGGGCAUUCAGACGACGUGCUUGACCUCUCCUGGUCCAAAUCUCAGCUUUUGCUUUCAUCCUCAAUGGACAAGACAGUGCGUCUGUGGAACUUGUCUAGCAAGACUUGUCUGAAAAUAUUUUCCCACAGUGACUAUGUAACUUGCAUCCAGUUCAAUCCUGUUGAUGAUAGAUAUUUCAUCAGUGGAUCUCUAGAUGCUAAGGUUCGCAUAUGGAGCAUUCCUGAUCGUCAAGUUGUUGAUUGGAAUGAUCUGCAUGAGAUGGUCACUGCUGCCUGCUAUACUCCGGAUGGUCAGGGCGCAUUGGUUGGUUCAUACAAGGGAAGCUGCCGCCUAUACAACACAUCUGAAAACAAGCUGCAACAGAAGUGCCAGAUCAAUCUGCAAAACAAGAAGAAAAGAUCCCACCUCAAAAAAAUUACUGGUUUCCAGUUUGCACCAGGGAGUUCUUCGGAAGUUUUGAUAACAUCUGCAGAUUCACGGGUCCGGGUUGUUGAUGGUUUGGAUCUGGUUCACAAGUUUAAAGGGUUUCGCAACACGAAUAGUCAAAUAUCAGCUUCUCUCACUGCUAAUGGAAAGUAUGUGGUGUGUGCCAGUGAGGAUUCUCACGUGUAUGUGUGGAAACAUGAAGGUGAGACAAGGCCUAGUAGAAGCAAAGGAGUGACAGUGACACGGUCCUAUGAGCAUUUCCAUUGUCAAGAUGUAUCUGUGGCUAUCCCAUGGCCUGGAAUGGGUGAACCGUGGGGACCCCAAGAUUUAUGCUCAGAAGAGCAAAAUGUGCUCCACCAUCAUCACUCAGAGGAGGUCUCAACAGCCAACCACCCUCCAACACCAGUUGAGGAGGAGUUCAAUGAUAAUGAUAAUGAUAGCUGCUCUCCUUCUGGAUCUGGUUGCAGCAAUAGUCCUUUCCGUGGUACAAUUUCCAAUGCACCCAACAGUUAUUUCUUUGAUAGAAUUUCAUUGACAUGGCCUGAAGAGAAGCUUAUUCGAGCCACCAAGAACCGGAGUCCUCGUAUUAGUUUGGACUUCUCCAAUGGGUCCCUUCAAAACCGGGCUGCUUGGGGUUUGGUGAUUGUAACUGCUGGUCUGCGAGGGGAAAUCAGAACCUUCCUCAAUUAUGGAUUGCCAGUUCGAAUUUAGGUAUGUUUUUUGUUCGCCUUUGUUUCCAUAUCAAUGUACAGGGAGAGAUUUGUAUUAUUUAUGACUUUCAUUUCUUUCUUGCGAAGUAUCGGAUUAAGUCUACAAUAAAAGCUUAUCCGGCUUCCGAGCAUCGAGGAAGAAGUACAAAUUUAUUGGAGGAAGAGAGGAGGAGGAGAGAGGGGGGGGGGGGGGGGGGGGGGGGGGUUGAGUUUGAUAAGAAAAAGAAAAGGGACACCAGUUUAUACCCUGAAUUUAGAAAAGUGAUGGGGAUUUAGUGUAAUCCAAAAUUGUAGAGUUAUGCCACAAAGCUUAUUAUUAUUGAGUUAAAUGAAUUCAUUCACAAAAUUCAUUUUCACAAGUAUCCAUGUGCCUCAGCCUCACUCAGUGUACGGUCUUAUAUAAAUGUCAGAUUCCUAUCAUGUGAAAUGACAUCCUGUAAUCAUUAUUAUUUGUGCAAUUUUGUCAGUAAUCAUUUUUUGUA